UCUGCCUAAAGCCUAAAGUUGUCAACUUUCCAAAGAAAUGCAAUUUUGUUAAAGAGAAAAAAAGAAAGCUUCUAACUUUACCCUUGCUAAGCUCAUUCUCAUUAGUUGCAGGGGUUCCUGUCGAUUCGUGGCUGUCGUUUCCCUGCCGUAACUGCAAUCUGCUACAAGACACGUUCGAAUCUGUCCAGUUUCAAUGGAUCUGUCUGGAACUGAGUUUUGGAUCGGUUUCACGUCUGAUCUCCACUUCUGUUGAUUCACUCCACGACGGAUUUUCUUUUUUUUGCUCGUCGAUUUUGGUAAGAAUGCAACAGUUCGGCCAACACUGCGAGUGCAGCGCGGCGGCUUACUUCUCCUGGCCGACGUCAAGCAGACUGAACGAUGCGGCAGAAGAGAGGGCUAACUAUUUCUCAAACUUACAGAAGGAGGUUUCUCCCGAACCCAUCACCUGCGUUGACCCCAAAGGCCAGCGUGCCACCACCUUGCUCGAGCUCAUGACCAUCCGAGCUUUUCACAGCAAAAUCUUGAGGUGUUACACUCUUGGUACGGCCAUCGGGUUUCGGAUCAGGCAUGGUGUCCUGACCGAUAUUCCAGCCAUUAUUGUCUUCGUCUCCCGGAAAGUACAUAAACAAUGGCUCAGCCCUCUUCAGUGCCUUCCUACUGCUUUGGAGGGACCAGGGGGGAUAUGGUGUGAUGUGGAUGUGGUGGAGUUCUCGUAUUUCGGAGAACCUGAUCGGCCCAUUCCCAAAGAACAUUUCUACACCGAGAUCGUAGAUGAUCUCCAAGGCAGUGAUCCCUUAAUCGGUUCAGGCUCUCAGGUGGCGAGUCAGGAGACGUGUGGAACUCUAGGGGCAAUAGUAAGGAGCCAAACUGGGAGCCGACAGGUUGGGUUUCUGACCAAUCGGCAUGUAGCAGUGAACUUAGACUACCCCAGCCAGAAGAUGUUUCACCCUCUUCCACCCACGCUCGGGCCUGGUCUCUACCUCGGUGCCGUCGAGAGGGCCACUUCCUUCAUCACCGAUGAUCUCUGGUACGGCAUUUUCGCCUGCUCCAAUCCAGAGACGUUUGUGAGAGCAGACGGCGCGUUCAUCCCCUUCGCUGACGACUUCGACAUGUCAAGAGUCACAACAUCCGUCAAAGGCGGCAUCGGAGAGAUUGGAGGUGUCAAAGCCGUUGAGUUACAGUCGCCGGUCGGUAGUAUUGUCGGAAAAGAGGUGGUGAAGGUCGGAAGAAGCUCGGGCGUCACCACCGGAAGCGUGCUGGCCUACGCACUGGAGUACAAUGACGAGAGAGGCGUCAGCUUCCUCACGGAUUUCCUCGUGGUGGGCGAGAAUCACAGGAGGCCGUUCGAUCUGGACGGCGACAGCGGGAGCCUCAUCGUGAUGAAGGGCGAGAAUCCUCGGCCGAUUGGGAUCAUAUGGGGCGGCACCGGUAGCCGCGGAAGGCUGAAACUGAAGGUUGGAGAGUCGCCAGAAUGCUGGACCACCGGCGUCGAUCUCGGCCGCCUUCUCACCCACCUCCAGCUCGAUCUCAUUUCCACCGAUGAAGCGUUCAAAGCGGCGGUGCAGGAGCAACGGGUGGCGUCAGGCUCCAUGGUAGCAGACUCGUCACCACCAUGCGUUGAUCUCCACAGAGACAGGGCAGAUGCAGGGGAGAGGUUCACAGAGCAAGAAGAGGGGAAGGGACAGGAGUUUCAGGUGGAAGAGAGAGAGGAAAGCGGAGGGGGUCAUCCAAGCGUGGAGCUCCAGUUCAUGCCCAGCUUCUCCAAUGGAAGCUCGGUAAUGACAACAGCCCCGUCGGAUAACAUUGUCGGGGGGUUGAGAAACGGAGAUUUAUGCGUGGAUUUGCGUUUGGGUGAUAAUGGAUCUAAACGCAGACGCUCUGGGACCGCAAACGAUGAUUGAGGAAAGGUUGGAUGUCCAAUUUAGGAGAGGAGAGCAGAGAUUCAUAUGCGCAGCAAAUUGAAUUUUGGUAAAGCUCCCUGAUGAAUCUUGCAAUUGAUUGGAGACGGAUUUUCCUCCAAAAUGCAUUGACUUUGAUGACACAAUCUUUUUCCAUAAUGUUAAUGAAUCAGCAGCUCCAGAUGCCGUCAACAAACAAGCAAGGCAAACAUAAACUGUUAAAUUGGGCCUUUUGAAUAUUUGGGCCCUCCUCCAUCAUUACUUGUAUUUGGGUUUUAUUGGCCCACCACUGUCUUUAAUUGUACUCUCAAAAAAACAUUUAUAAAAAAGGAGGGGGAGUUUUGACUGUAA